UAAAUUAUUAUAUGUAUUCGUUAGCAUAUUCGUUGUUAUAGGAACGGAUAGAUGGCGCACCAACUGCAUAACUUAAAAUUUUAACUUUAAAUUUUGUGAAUUAUGUAUGAAUAUUUCUGUAAUAUAAAAUAUUGAGGUGAGAGCAAAUCGUAAACUAUGAAUUUAAAACGACUAAAGCAUGAGCGACGCAAAAAUCUAUUAUUACUAAGGUAACUUUAACAACUUGUUGCCCGACCACAAGUCAAAACAAAUACCUAGACCAAAUGCUCAGUCAGUGACCGGCCCCCGUGUUCGUUGUUUGUGUCGUUCGCGAGUUUUAGAUGCGCGCGGACGAAAAAAAACUUAAAACACAAUUUCCUAAAUGAGAUUGUAUCAAAGAACAACUUUUUUAAACAGUAGUGAGCCACUAAAAGUCUGAAGUGAUUGUUUUUAGUUCGGUCUGUUAGUUUUUUUGUAAAUUGCUGUGAUUUCGCGGUAUCGUGUUCUAUUGUUGAAAGCUACCGAUGUUGUUGUUUUAAGAGGAUGUUUUCGAUAUCGUCCAUGUUCCUAGGAAAUCGGUUUCUGGUUGGAUUUUGAUGGAAUUGUAAUCUCAGGCGGUCCCAUCGUCGUGUGGCAUGUUGCGGGGCCUCACCGCGCUGCUGGCGGUAGCCCUUUGCGCCGCCACGCUGGACUCCGAGCUCGGCGUCGGCAAGGCCAUCAAUAUAUUUAUGAGAUAUGGCUACCUCAGUAUCUGCAUGCGAGUGGUCCCCCGCAACGACACGGAAGGCUGGGUGUUCCGAGAGCCCACCGUCAGCGUGUUUCGAGACGUGGAGCGUCUGUCUGUGGCGCCGAAACCGAGGCAGGCCAAGACGCUGUUCGACGGAGACUUCCAUAUGGAGUUCUGCGAUAACCUGAAGCAGUUGCUGCAGGCGUACUUUAGGGAUUUUAGUUUUGAGAGGUUAGAGCGACCAUGGCGCGCGUUCACGGCGGGCUGGCCGACGGACAUCAUGGCGAGAAACCUGGGCAUCAACUCCUCCUUCAUCACUGGCGAUCACUGCUACGUGCUCGUCAGGGUAUCCAGAUACCGCGAAACAGCCAAGCUAAGCGACUUACCCACCAACAUACCGGUCGAGGAUGUUGUCUUCGACGCGAUCCAGGACUCCACCAUCGGGGACACGGUUUCCAUCGCGGACUUCAUCCGGAAAUAUGGCUCGCAUUACAUAUCCAGCUACAUUACAGGGAACUCGCUAUAUCAGGUGUUUGUGUUCUCUAGAACGGCAUACUCUAUGAUAAAAGAGAGACUUAAGCUCAAAGGAGUGGCGGAUAUCACUGCGAAGGAGCUUGAGGGCUACUUUUCGCCUUGGCAUGCCAAGCAUAUUGGACAAAUUAAGGUGGCCAGCGGCAACAAAACAGUAGAAAACUGGGCCAUGAAGCGACUCAGGGUGCACUACUACAUAUUUUCGUACCCCAGUCUGCUCAAACUGCACGGCGAGCCGUCCCUCCUCCGCAACCUGGACUCGUUGCUGGGCAACGAGGCCCUGUUGCAGUUGGAACUGAAGACGUUAUCGCCGGCGUUCAAGGACGUGAGGAAGAAACGGUGGUUUGAGGAGGUUAUAGACAAUUAUUUGAAAUUGUGGGAGAGUAAUAUGUGAUGAAUGGUAUUUUUAGGUUUAAUAAGAUUGUAUACAGUUAAAGUCGUUUAGUUUGGUUUGAAUAUUUUUAAAACGCCAUUUAUUCCUACGCACACAUUAUAUGAAAUGAAUUAUAUGAAUUUCGAGAUAAGUAUUUUCAAUUAUAAAUAUUUAUCCUAUUACAUGAUAUUUUUUAUCUGAAAUGUUUCUGCCUUAAUUGCAGGUAUUUAAGUUUCAACGUUUUAAUCCUUUAUAUUUAUAUCACCUAAUCUAACCUACCCUUACGUAUCAACACUUUAAUAUUAUUAAAAAAAAAACUGUAUACCAAUGUUACAAUUAACUGCUUAAUUGAUGCUUUAUUCAAUGGUUAUUUUCCAACUAUGUUAAACGGGUUUAACUGUAAGCCAAUGAACGAUGUAUUUUAAUACGUAUGCAAUAAAUAAAAAAUAAUUCAAUAUUAAAUUGGUGCUAAAAACCUUCCGACCAAAUAGAAAACGGAAUUAUGCAAUUUAAAUGAAUUUUACAAUUUUGUCUUGUUAUUCUGAAGACAAUGUGUGUAUGCUCGUUUUCCAUCUUAUGUGUAUUGCCAUUUCAUGUUAAAAUCUUUCCGACCAAAUAGAAAACGGAAUUAUGCAAUUUAAAUGAAUUUUACAAUUUUGUCUUGUUAUUCUGGAGACAAUGUGUGUAUGCUCGUUUUCCAUUUUAUGUGUACUGCCAUUUCAUGUUUAAGUACAAAAGUUUUUCAUUUGAUAUCUACAAUUGGACGUAAAUUAAAACAUAAUGGUGUUUGGAAUAUAAUUUAAAAUCUCAUCUUCCUAUUUUGUGAUCCAAUCUCGAAUUUACCAAAUAAUGAUUAUAAUGAACGAUA